CGCCGUUUGAGAGUUUGUGGCGGGCCGAGUAUUCCCAUUCAGUUUAGCGGUACAAUUUGUAAGCCACACUUCGCGUUUCUGACAUAACACCCUGUUUACGGUACGAUUUCGUCACGAGUCAUUGCAUCAAUAUAACGAUUGUCUCGACAUCACAUUUCUCGGAAUAUAAAAAAUAAAGAAUGACGAAUGAACGUUUAGUGUUAAUAGAUAAAGCAACGAAAGUAUCGAUCGAAAGAAGAAAGUAGAUAAACAAAAUCGAAGGUAAAAGAUUCCGAAGAAACGUAAACGGUAGGAAGUUACUCCGUUAUUCUCGAUCUCAGUAUUGUUGGAAACCAAAAGCAUAUAACCGAGAAAGAUCGUAAACCUCUCUGGGCGUGAAUGAUAUCGAGCUAUCUCAAAUACAAGCAUCGAUUCGUAAGGUGAAAAACGACGGAAGAGGAGUGAACUUAAUCGUCUGUGAUGAUCGACACGAAGAAGCUAUCUCUCUCGCACCGUGAACACCUUUUCAUUUUAUAGUUAUACUAGGAAGAACUCGAUCCACGUCGUAGAGUAUCUAUCCUGUAAUAUUUUAUGCCUUUUCGGAUGAGAUAAAUUAAUUAUCUCGGUGUUGUUUUUUUAUUAUUAAUUAUUUAAUUAAUGUGUGCAACUGUAAAUGAAAACGACCGAUUGGCAUAAAUUCAAAUCGAUUAGUUAUAUAUAGGAAGUUAAUCGAUGUUAAUGAGACGUGCCAAGGUAACCUGGGGAGCUUCGAGGACUCGCAAAGAAGUGAAAAGAAAAUCUGAGAAAAAGAAUUCUGAACUGAUAAUAAUAAUCGGCAUUGGAUUUAUCGAUUUAACCCGAGAGGAUAUCGCGAGAGAGUCGACAGCUAUUGAGUUACGAGAAGCAGUUUAUAAUGUCACUUAACACUCCUGUCUUGAUGCAAGCGGUGGUUACUUCAAGAUCGAGACGAGCUCUACCGUAUGUCAUCACGGUUCGCACCUUAACUUUAUUUUCUCGAUGGGAUUACAUCGGCCUGGUCGUUAACCGUUCUAAAUUUCUCGACACUUGUGUAUCAUCGUGUUUAGAACUAACACGAACUAAAAACAUAUCGAAGAGUGUAAUGAAUUUCGAGUGUUAACUAAGUAAAUUAAAAGCGUUAACAAACGAUAUAUGUCAAAGUGUAUUGGAAGAUGGAUCGUUCGGAACGAAAAAAAAAAGAAACUAAGCCGAUCAACAUUACGUCCUUUUUCAUUCGACGAUCGUCGAAUUAAAGUGAUUAAUCGUUUGAUCGUUGAGUUAGAUACUACAGUCGUAUUUUGCCUACUUGUAUAACUCCGAAUUUUCAUUAACUCACGUACGAAUAAUAAUAAUAAGGUAGGCGCAAUGAAAAUUUUUUAAACCAAGAUAGGCGAAUAUGCAAGACGCGUUCGUAUUGCAUGGGGCGUAAGAAAUUCUUCGCCGUGGACAAAAAAAAGAAAAGAAAAGAAAAAGACAGGAAGAAAGAAAGAAAGAAAGAAAGAAAGAAAGAAAGAAAGAAAGAAAGAAGAACCGUGAAAAAGAAGGGAAAGGUUUGAGAAUUUUUCUCGCGAGAAGAGAUGCUUUCUACGAUGUCGAGCGUCGCACUUGAAUUAAAUUCGUCAUUUUAUACGACCGUCAUUAGAAGUGGCGCUUUGGAUGGGUUUUCAGUUUCAGUGAUCGAACCUAAAAAUGCAACUUCGACGCUUUACAUGUUACCGAUGUAUAUUAGAACAACAUCUAUGAUUAUUUGUAUAAUCGUCAUGGCACUUGGUAUAAUAGGAAAUCUCAUGGUACCUUUGGUCGUUCUACGAGGCAAAGAUAUGAGAAACAGCACCAAUAUUUUUCUCGUAAAUUUGAGCGUGGCCGAUUUGUUCGUCCUUUUAAUAUGCACACCGACCGUAUUGGUGGAAGUCAAUUCUGGUCCUCAGGUUUGGCCACUCGGUGAACACAUGUGUAAAGCUGUUCCAUUUGUGGAAUUGACUGUAGCACAUGCCUCGGUUUUAACGAUUUUGGCAAUUAGUUUCGAACGAUAUUAUGCGAUUUGUGAGCCGUUGAGAGCAGGAUACGUUUGCACGAAGGCCAGAGCAACGUUUCUUUGCUUUCUUGCCUGGGUGGCAGCAGCUCUUUGUACAAGUCCUAUACUUUUGAUGGUAACCUACGAAUUGGAAGAAAUCGACGAUACGUUUAUACCGACCUGUUACACCUCUGCCAAUGCAACAUGGAUGAAUGUUUUUGUCCUUACUACGAUAAUCGUCUUUUUCGUCGUACCACUGUUAAUUUUAAUGGUUCUUUACACGGUGAUAGCAUUACACCUCAUGGCAAAUCCUGCGAUAAGCCGUGGUCCAGCUAAUAAUUUGUUAAAAUAUCGUAAACAGGUUGUGCUAAUGUUAGGCACAGUUGUAUUAUGCUUUUUUCUUUGUUUAUUACCUUUUCGAGCAUUAACCUUAUGGAUAAUCGUAGUACCGCAAGAAAUGAUAAUCAAUCUUGGAAUCGAAGGAUAUUACAGUCUGUUAUAUUUCUGUAGAGUAAUGUUGUAUUUAAAUUCAGCGAUUAAUCCUAUUUUAUACAAUUUAAUGUCUACCAAAUUUAGAGAAGGUUUUUUGAGACUUUGUGGAUUGGGUCCUGCAAGGAAAAGAAAGAAAAAGACUUCGGACAGAACUGGAACAUAUACAACUGGUUCGACAAACUGUAGUAGCAGUAAUCAUUCUGAUUUUUGGAGGAGGCAUAGCAGUAAUAAAAGUUGCAAUGUAAAAGUACCUAGUAAUACAUGUACUACUGUCUCUAUGGAAAAACAAAUUAAUAUUCCUUUACUCACGGCUGUCGUUGCUGGAAAUAUUGUUAAAAAAAAACAAGAAAGUUACGUUUAGGAACAAUUCAAAAAUUGUAGUAUUCAUUAAUUAGAGAUAUUGUUGUAAAAAUAUAUAUUGUAUGAAUUUAUAUAUAUAUAUAUAUAUAUAUUGCCAUAUAUAGGGUGUUUCAGAUAACUAAAACGGGUUAUAUCCCGAAUUCAAUAAGUGAUAGAAAAUAAAUUGUUGAAACAAAAAUUGAAUGCUACGAUAAUGUUUAUUUUCUUACGACUUUAAUUUCUUCGUAAUUGCAUCGAUGCAUCUUAAAAAUACGAAAUGUACUUUCCUGUUUUAAUGCAAUCGCAUAAUUUUUUCUUUUUUUUUUUUUUUUACUCAUACCAGCUCACUAUCAUUGCAUUUGCGAAAAAUAUAUAAUCGUAAAUAUGUAACUCACCUUGAACCAUUCAUCUUUUUCCUUUAACAUAUUUUUAAUUUCGACAAAAAAAGCAUAAAGAUUACUUAAAUCAAUACAUAUUUAUCAAAAUAUCUCCGAGUACUAAUGAUUUUUCGACAUUGUAACUUAAUACUUUUUCACGCAGAAUGUGCUGAGAAGUUGAAAAAAAAAUGUAAUUUCAUUUAAAAAAAAAAAAAAAAAAAAAGCUGCAUUUACAUUUUUCAGGUACAUCGUAGCAUUUAUGAAGAAAGUGAAAAGUAGACGUAACCAUAUUAUUCAACUUUUUCCUCAAUCAUUUUUUUUCUAUCACUUACCAAAUUUAAAAUGUAAUCUAUUCCAGUUAUCCGAUUCACCCGAUACACUAUUUAUAUAUAUAUAUAUGAACACAAUCUAAGGGAUUAAUAUACAUGAAUACAUCUAAGGGACUAAGUAUAAAAAGUCUCAAUCAAUUUUUAAACACCAAAUACUUAGUUCUUGUUUUUUUUUCUUUUUUUUUCACCAGUGGAUUAUAGAUAAUUGUAUCGUUGCUAUUAAAAGACUUCUGCGUUAACUUUAAUAUCAUUCCAGAUACAAUAAAAUUACUACGAAAUUCCACUAAAAGUAUUGUACGUAAACUGUUAUAACAUUUAAAUAUUCUUUUGUAAUUAUAUAAAAACGUAGAUUAUUGUAAAGUAUUAAGUUUGUAAUAUGUACAAGAAAAAAAAAUAACUAGUCAUAGAUUUAAAAAUUCAUUAAAAAUUAAAUGCAAAAUUUAACAACUCUUAGCAAAAAUUAUUGCUAUAAAUAAAAAAAAAAAAACACGAAAUAUAAAUAAUGCAAUGAAGCUAAGUUACAGAUCAUUUCCUAUUAACUUUAAACUUCCAAAUAUUAAAAUAUUAUUUAUAAGAUUAUAAAAAAGAAUAAUACAUCUUUUUUUGACAUGCCU